AGCACUGGUAAGCACAUGGGUGGAUCGAUGGGCCUUGCAUCAGUUUGCAUUCCUCCAGGAAUUGCGUGUACGCAUUUGUAUACGAUACUCGCAUGUCGGGUGUAAUUUCGUGUUUUUCUACACAAUAAUGCGUCUAAAGUAACUUGAAGUAACUUGGAUGUAAUCUUAAUCAUAGUUAUCGUUCAUAUUGAUGUACAAGACGUUUUGAGUGACACGCACGCUUGAUAGAAUAAUAAAAAUGGAUCGCUACAAUGAAUUCCAAGCCAUUGUGCUCGCCGGAGGAAAAGGCUCCCGCAUGACAGAGCUGACAGCAAGCCAGCCGAAAUGCCUGCUACCGAUCGCCAACGCUCCCAUGAUCUGGUUUCCCCUGCAACUCCUCGAGCGUUCGGGCUUCAAGGAGGCGAUCGUCAUUAUCGCCGAGGAAAACAAGUCCGACGUGUCGGUGGCCUUGGAUAAAUUGGGUCUGAAAAUCAAGCUGGAAUUCGUGGGAAUUCCAGGGACCGAGGACCUUGGCACAGCUGAUUCCAUCAGGCUCAUUCACGAAAAAAUUUAUACCGAUAUCUUGGUGAUAUCCUGCGACCUGAUCACGAAUGUGGAUGUAUUGGACAUCCUGAACUUGUACAGAAAGCACAAUGCGAGUCUGACCGCUCUGAUGUUACCUAUGCCGAGAAUCCCGGACGACUUUGUAACGCCAGGUCUGAAGAACAAGCAGAAGCCGGAGACAGAUUUGAUCGGCAUCGACAAUAACACAGGGCGAUUGGUAUUCUUGGCUUCCGCGUCUGACUUCGAGGAAACAAUUAACAUCUCGAAGAGGCUUCUCACGAAGCAUGCCAGCUUCACCAUUAACUCCAAACUGAUGGAUGCGCAUUUGUACAUUAUUAAGAAAUGGGUGCUAGAUUUUUUAAUAUUUGACAAAAACUUUACGACUCUGAAGGGUGAACUUGUGCCAUAUAUAGUCAGUAAACAGUUACUUAAACCUAAACAGUCUAUGGAUGACAAGACUUCCAUAGUGCAAAUGGAUUUGAAAGAGGAUAUCUCCCACUUUGCAAUGGAGAACCCGUUAGAUGAGCUGAUAACAAAGAUGUCAGCCUUCAAUGAUCACAGAACUGAUCUGGAGGACCCAUAUAAUGGGGAUGUAAUACGAUGUUACGCUCAUGUACCGACUGAAAAUUUUGGUCUUAGAGCGAAUACCAUACAAAUGUAUCAUCUUGCUAAUGCUAAGAUAUCAGAAUGGUGGACCUCUGCCAGCCAGUUGCCGCUUUUGCCGGCAUUGUCGAAGUCGGCGGUUGUAAACACAACACAGCUGCAAGAAUGUCGCGUAAGUGAUAAUUCGGUUAUUGAUAGCAAAACGUCGUUGAGACACAGUCAUAUCGGGCCUUGCACCACCGUGGAAACGAAGACAAGGAUAUCUCAGAGUGUGCUAAUGGGAUGUGUAACUAUUAAGCCAAGAUGUGUCAUUCACAAUUGCAUACUAUGCAAUGGUUGCAUCAUCGAGGAAGGCACCGAAUUGAAGAGUUGCAUCGUUGGAGCAGAUUACGUUGUGAAAUCUGACAGCCAACACUCUCACGAAGUACUCACUGAUGCAGAUAGGCUUAUAGAAAUUUAACUACCCACAUUUUGUACUGUUUACAAAUUAUAAAUAUAUUGUAGAUAUUAUUUAUAAAAAA